AUGUCUAAACAUGUCUUGAAACCACCAACAAAUAUUAUAAAUCCAGGAGACAUUCCAAUUACUGAGAAACAUGACACUCUUCAUCUUGAUAUUCUAUCUAUCACAACUAAUACAAUGUCCCGUAGGGUGGCCGCUUCGAUAAGAGAUCAUGUCUUCUGGGCUUUCAAUGACGAUAGUGUUUCCGAAGGUGACCAAGGCCAAAACAAAGAAAACGCCUUGUGCUAUUUAUCUCAACUUUUUUUCAUUGAGUCUCCGCAGCAAGGAAAUGACAUUCAUUUAUAUGUAAUAGUAUUAGAGAAUUUAAUUUUCAGUCUAAUAUAUAGAUUUGAUGAAGAUAUGCAUUUCACACUCAAAGAAGAAAAUUACGUAGUCAUCGAAAACGGAUCAUAUAAAAUAAAGGCCGUGAGAGGUCUUGGUGAUAUAAAUCGAGCUCCACCCGUGAUAAUUCCUACUAAAGUAGGGCAUAGGAUAGAAAUUGAAAGAACCGACGUAGAAACAUCACCAAGUGUAUAUGAUAAUAAUAAUUCAGCGGGACCUAAUACGCCAAUAACCACCACAACGCCAAUAACCACCACAACGCCAAUAACCACUACAACGCCAAUAACCACCACAACGCCAAUAACCACUACAACGCCAAUAACCACUACAACGCCAAUAACCACAACUACAAUAACCACAACAACGAAUAUUGCAACAACGACAACCACCACAGCAACAAAUGUUGCGACGACACCAUUAAAUACCGCAACGCCACCAUUAAAUAUUGCGACACCACCAUUAAAUGCCGCAACGACAACAACAACAACAAAUACAACAACAACAUUAGAACAAUUUGAUGAUAAAGUUAAAAUUACAUAUCCAAUUAAACGUGGGAAUAUAGUUAAUUGGGAAGAAUUAGAAGCAUUAUGGGCCCGUAACGAAUGUCCAGUAUUAUUUUCCGUUCCUAAUAGUUGGACCAAAGAUCAAUACGAACGGAUCACACAUAUCUCUUUUGAAUCAUUUAAUGUACCAGGACUUUAUAUCGCGAAUCAAGCUUUAAUGACCAUUUAUGGAUUUGGUGUGCUUACAGGUUUGGUGGUUGAUGUUGGAUAUGGGAAAACUGCCGGACAAGAUUUUGAUGAAUAUUUUCUUUCAUUAUUAUUAUCCGAUAAAAAAUUUAUAGAAGAAUAUGGGGAGAUCCCUGAUAUCGAAUUCGCGAGAGCUAUCAAAGAAUCACCAGAUAUUUCUAUUCAUUUAUCAGUUUUGAGUUGUGACCCAGAUAAACGAAGUACCUUAUUAGAGAAUAUUGUUGUUACCGGUGGAUCAACUUUAAUCAAAGCGGAAUUACGUCCUCGUUUUUCAUUAUCCGAAAAUUAUGGAGAAUAUCAAGUUAAAGAAAUAAGAUUUUUAAAGUUACAAGAUUAUUUUACUAAUAUUAGAGAUCGACCUGAUUUGGCGGGAUUUUUGGGUGCUUCCAUUACAGCUAAAAAUGACAAUAUUCCCAAUAUUUAA